GCUUUCAUUUUAUUUCUAUAAAAAAGAUGGAGAAAACCAUUUUUAGUUUUAAAUGAUAAUUGUUAUUAAUUUUUGUUUAUAAAUACUCACUAAUGUUUUGAUAAAAUGAAAAUCAAGUUUAUUCUAAUAUUUUUAUUAAUAUUUGAAUUGUCACAAAACAUUAAAACUAAUAAACAAUUACAAUCACAAAAUUCACAGAUUCCCGUUAAUAGUGCAUAUCAUACGGUAGUAUUAUUGGUGGAUAAUAACCUUUCACUAAUUAAAGGAGAUAAAGUAUGGAAUUAUGUUUUAUCGGAAAAUGUAAUUAAAAAAUAUGCAAAUAAUGGACCGAAACUUGUUAGCGAUCACGAAGAUUAUUUACCCCAUUCAAUAACCGGUUAUCUAGAGAUAGAGGACGGGAAGUACUACUUCUUUCGGGAAAACCGUUAUUGUGUCCGAAAAAUUGAAAGCGGAAAACAUGAGAUCAGUUAUGAGGAGGAAGAAGAAGUUCAAGUCUACCAGUUGGACAAAAAUGGCAAUAAAAAAAUGGUUUCACUCAAUAAUUUAAAAAACAAUGAAAUUACAACAUUAAUGGAACCUAAGAGCAAAUGUGUUUGGAAAAGUAAUACCAAACUGUUUGGGUGUGUUUUGGUAAAGGGAGAUAACUCACCACUGUAUGAGUUAUGCCAAAAACCAUGGGUUACCGGUGUGAUUGGCUAUAAAAAUAAUAUCUAUGUAUUGGGUGAGAAUAAGGUUUACCAAUUUGAUGGCAAAUUUACGGCAUUAAAUCCAUUGGGAAAGUUGGUCACCAAUAACUUUGAUUUGCAUAGCAUAUGGAAAAAGUUUGAUCCAAAACAUGGCUCAUAUUUCACAUAUAAUGAUAACCUGUAUGUAAUCACUGAUAACAAAGCCUAUACUAAGUAUGCAGUGGACGGAUCUGUUGAGGUGUCUAAUGGGCCGAUAAAUUUGAUUGAUGCAAAUCUCAAUCGAAACGGCGCACCGGUAUUAAUGCCUAAUAACAAAGUGUCUGUCAUUUUGGGACAUCAGGCCUUUUCGUUUAUUACGAUAAAAGAAAAACUAUUUAAAGCUAAUGAAAACAAUGUAAUAGCAGUCGAUAAGACUCCCUAUAGAUUCCCGAAUUCAAUAACCGGUGCCUUCAGUGCUGAUAGUAAAGAGUAUACACUUUUUCGUGGAUCCAGUUAUUGUAAAAGGGRUUUGAAAUUUGAUAACAAAGCCUAUUAUGAAGAACACACUUACAAUGAAGUCUAUAAAUUGGAUUCCGAAGGAAAUACACAACAAAUUUCCAGUUCUAGUAAUGGGUCUAUAUCCACAUCAGGAUAUAAGUCGAGUGUUUCUCAUAAAAAGGAUCCAUCGAUGUGCAACUGGAAAGACAAUAAAGAGUUGUUCGGUUGCGGUAAGAAAGCUGAUCCCAAACUCAAAACAUUUUGCGCCAACGCCUAUGUAUACGGAAUAUUGAUUAAAAACUCUGAUGUCUAUGUUAUUGGUGUCGAUAAUGUCUAUGUUUUUGACUCUGCCUUAAGUAAACUCAAGUCAACCAUUUCGUUCAAAGAUAUCUUUAAGGGAUACGAACCAAAACAAAACGGUUUCAUUUACGUGAACGACAAGUUAUAUCUCAUCUAUGCUAAUGAAACUAUAGUUUUGGUCGACAAAAAUGAAACGGAAAAGUUGUACACAAAACCUAUGUACGACAAAAUGAUGGCCACCACUACUACAACCGAAAAGGCUAUCCAAGAGACACCCGAUCAACCAGAAGGCGAUAUGAUAUAUGCCGGCGCUGUCAUUGCAGACAAUCAUAAUGUAUACAACUUUAAAGUGAUUCAAAAGGAUAAUGUUAUGAAUUUGGUUUACACUAAGAAACAAUUGUGGAUUAAAGACAAAUACAAACCCAACACAGUUGUGGAAAUUGUGGCCGUUAUACAAACCGAUUCAAGUCACUGGUAUUUUAUUAACAAAGACGGCAAGUAUUGUAAAAGUAUUGAUAAUAACUAUGAAAAGUGCAAUCAAUGGUAUGAAAAUAACCGACUAUUUGGAUGUCGUGAUGGUGGACCUAAGUUGCGAUCUUUGUGCGCCAAUUCAGUCAUCACUGCCGGCGCCAACAUUGGUCCGCACAUCUUUGUGUUCAGAAAUGGCAAAUACUGGGAAUUUGAUAACAAACCCAAACCUACGAAACUGUUCGGUGAUUUGGUUGAAUCGGCCGCAUUGGCCACCAACAAGUGGAAGACCAUCAAACUUCCCGGUGCUCUCACUUUAGUUGACGGAAAUCUAGUGGUCAUACGCGGCAACGUAUAUUCGGAGUGGAGUUCAAUGGGUAAACCUAUUAUAACCGACAGAGAACUCGUUUAUUUAGAAGCAGAAGUCAAGGAUGAACCCGAAGGCAGCGAUAAAGACGGCGGAGCUGUUAUACCAGUGUCUGGAAAACUAUACGCAAAAGUAAACAAAGAAAAAGUUUGCUAUGUUUUGAUUAAAUUGGAUAACAAAAAGACUACUUGGAGUGGGGAAUGUCAUUCAGUUAAAGAUGAUGUUAUGAAUUAUCCGAAAAAUAUUGUCGCAGCUGUUAUACCACAAGAUAAUCACUGGUAUUUCAUUACAAACGACGGAAAAUAUUGUCGUCGAGAAAACAAAACAUCUAAACCAUGCAUUGAUUGGAAAGAUCUAAAAGUCCUGUUGGGUUGUAAUAAGAAAACCAAAUCUGGUUUAGAUAAAGGUUUGCAGUCUCUGUGCAUUAAUUCAGUGAUAUCCUCGGGAACCAAUUGUGGUAACAGUAUAUACUUGUUCCGGGGCGGCAACUACUGGUUAUUUGACGGUAAAUCAGAAAGUGAUCGACCAUUAGGUAAACUAUUGUGUGGUCCCAAACCUGCCAAACAAAAGUGGCCAAAAAUACAUUUUCCGGCGGGUUUUACGUGCGAUAAACAGGGAUUGACAGCUGUUUAUAACAAUCAUUGGUCGCAUUGGUCUGCUUCGGGUGCUAACGAAGUUGAUUCAAAUAUAAAGACAUCGAAUGAGUGUUCCGUAAACAAAGAAGAACCCGUAGUUAUCAAUGAGCCGAUUACUGAAGAAGAGCUCGAUGACGACGAAGAAGAGUGUGAUGACGGCGAACCCACUGAAGCACCUAAAAAGCCUACCGGCCCUAAACGUCAGCCAAUUAUUUUGACGCCAAUCGAUGACGACGACACCGACACGACUACAAAGUUACCCGAGCUUUCGGAAGUCGCUUCUCAAGAGAGAACGACAACGACUACAUCGACAAAAAAACCAGAAGAAGAAGAAGAAGAACCCGAGCAAGAAAUAGAACCKAAUGAUCCAAAUAGCGGUGCAUUGAUUUGCCAAACUGACGGCAAAAUUAUCAAAAUUAAGGGACAACUCGUAUGUUACUAUACUUUGAAAGAUAACAAAUUGAAACAAUUAGGCAAAUGUGUUGAUGUUAAUGAAGAUCCCAACAGAUAUCCACCAAAUAUUGUGGCGGCUUUGCAAACACCCGACAAAAUGUGGUAUUUUUUUAGAAAAGACGGUAAACAUUGUCGUCGUCCCUCUGGCUCUAAGGAAGAGUGCAAUAUAUGGACUAAAAAUAAGUUAGCCUUCGGCUGUCAGAAGGGUGGUAAUCAACCGAUGAAUUCAAUGCAAGAAGCGCUGUGUAACAGUCCAUUAAUCAAUGCCGGAGGUAGUCUAUCACUGGGACCAGUUGUGUUCAAAGGCGGCAAAUAUUAUCAAUUUGAUAAUAAGCAGAAAGAGGGCCAACCCAUGGGUACUGUUACGUCUGGUAACGAUUACGCAAAGAGCCUCUGGUCGGGCAUUAAGUUUCCUGGCGGCGUCUGUCAGCCAUCGGGUGCUGGCAAUGGACUCCUUAUAGUCUAUGAUAAAAAGUAUUCAAAUUAUCUGCCAAAUAAUAAACCGGUGAAAAUUGAUGAACCCAUUGAUGAAGGAGAUAGAGAUCGAGGAGCGGCUGUUGUUUUGCCAAAUAAUAUGAUAGCUGUUGUUAUCGGAAACAAAGUUUGGUUUUACAAGAAAUUGGGAAACAAGAUCUGUAAGGCAUCGAAAAUGUGUGGUUCGGACCCACAACUGGUCAAUAAUACUCGGGAAAAAUUGCCGAUAGCUUUGGGCGCCUCCUUUAGCUUAAAUAAUAAUGUUUACUAUUUUUUCCGAGGCUCACAGUAUUGCAAACGACCGCUUAUUGUUGAUGAAGACACUCAUUACGAUAUCACUAUUGAAAUGUGGUCUCAAACUGUCGACAAACCUAAAGAGCUGAGACCUGUUUAUAUGAAACCACUUGACAAUCAAGAAAAAUCUAAAUAUUUUAGUCUUAAAUCCGAUGAUCCAUCUCAUUGUAUUUGGCGAAAAAAUUCCGAAUUAUUUGGCUGUGAUUCAGGAAAAUCGAGUCCCGAAGUGACCGAAUUGUGCAAAAACCCGAUAUCUAUUGGAACCGUUGUGUGGGAUAAGACAGACGUGUAUUUCUUUACCACUGACAGAGUCUAUGCACUGAACGCCAGAGCCAGCAGUGAAAGCGAUAUCAAAGGCAGCGAUAAAUUGUUUCUCAAUAUACGUAACAAACAAAUUGUUCCGUCGAAGACAUGGCAAGGAUUUGAUGUCAACUACGGACAGUUCUUUUCAAUUGACGGCCAGAUGUGUGCCAUCAAAGAUAACUCUAAAUACAAGUGUUGGGAUUCUAAGGGUAAUCUAAUUGGUAAAGAAGAGGAAAUUUGUGCGCCGGAUGAAGAAAUGGCUGACUUGAAACUCGGCGGUGACACCAAUCCGGCGGCUUUUAUUGAAAGUGAUUCUAUUAAUGGUAACUACGAGCUCAUCAAAAACGGUAAAAGCACUCCAAUGAUUAUGGAUGACGGAAAACUUGAAGAAGUAGACAUCGAUAAGACACAAACACAAGAAAAGUAUCCAAACUAUUUGAUUGGUGUUAUCCAGACUUCGGAUCAAAACUGGUAUUAUAUCAAAAACGAUGGCACGUAUUGCAAGAAAUUGGAUUUGACUAAUAAAGAAUGUAAUGAAUGGAAAGACAUCAAAGGUCUUCUCGGAUGCGACGCUAAGACAGUUCGUUGUGAUCUUCAGUCGCUUUGCAAUAAACCUAAGAUCAAAGGCGCCGUCGUUUGCGAUGAAAAAAUAUAUGUAUACAGAGGCGGCAAAUAUUGGACUUUUGAUAACAAACCGGCCAAAAAUAAACCAAUCGGCCAACUAAUUGAAGGCCCACUUCCGGCACUGAGUCGAUGGCCUCAUAUUAUACUUCCGUCGGCAAUGGGAUGUAAAGAGGGUCAACUGAUUGUUGUAGCCAACGAUAAAUGGUCAAAAUGGGAUAAUAACGGUUCAAUUUUAGUUAAGCAACAGCCUAUUGGUAAAGCAAAAUCACACAAUCCGGAUGACUUGGGUGCUCUGGUGCCUAUUGAUGGCACAGAUCCGCCCAAAUAUGCACGAGUGUCUGGCAAUAAAGUUUGUUAUCUAAUUAUGCGAUACAACCGAUUUUAUUAUAGCGGUCAGUGUUUGCCAGUGACUAAAGAUAACAAAAAGUUUCCGCCAAAUAUAGUGGCAGCCAUUAAAACAAACGAUGAUAUUUGGUAUUUCCUCGACAGGAAUGGAAAGUACUGUAAGAGACCGGUUGGCAAUCAUAAUGAGUGUAAAGACUGGAAGCCAAACACUGAAGUAUUUGGCUGUAAGGCUGGAGAGUCUAAUAAUAAAGAAUUGCAAACCCUGUGCAAAGCACCUACCGUUUCGGCCGGCGGUAACGGUCCGAUAAAUAUUUACGUUUUUAAAAAUGACAAAUACUGGGAGUUUGAUAAUAAACCCAAAGUGGACAAACCGUUUGGCGAACUUGUUAGCGGAAACAAACCAUUUAAAGAUAAAUGGAAAGGCCUUCACGUACCGGGAGGUAUUAACCGUGACCCGAAAAAUCAAUUUACUAUAGUUCACGAUAAGGUUUGGUCGCGUUGGCCGCAUAAAGAUGAUGAUGAAAAAGAUGAAGAGGAGUCUGCAGCUCUUGAAAAAGAAGGCAAAACAAAAAAGAUGCCAAAAAAGCCGACCAUUGAUGAACCGAUUCGACCCGAAGAAGUGCCCGACGAUGGACUACGGGAUGAGAAGGAUUUCGGUGCUCUUAUAAACCCACAAAAAUCAGGCGAUAAAUAUCAAAAAGUAAAGAAAGAUAGGGUUUGCUCUUACGUAUUGAAAAACAAUACUCUUUACAAUAGUGGUCUCUGCGAACCAGUAGCUGAAGAGAAACAUAACUAUCCGCCAAAUAUUAUUGCAAGCAUUAAGUCUGCAGACAAUAUCUGGUAUUAUAUCAAUAGAUUUGGAAAAUAUUGUAAACGAAAAGACGCUGAUUUGAAAUCGUGCAGUUCAUGGCUCGACUCUAGAGAAAUAUUUGGAUGUAAUUCACUUCCCGUUCCCAUAGAAUUGGAGAAUCUGUGCGACAAUUCUACCAUUGAUUCGGGCGGUAAUCUUGCAAAACAUAUCAUUGUGUUUCGCGGCGGCAAAUACUGGGAGUUUGAUAACAUUCCCAAAAAGGAAAAACCUUUCGGCAAUUUGGUGACGGGUACAGUAGUAGCCAAACGUAAAUGGCCGGGUAUAUAUUUCCCUGGUGGUGUCGGCCACGAUAAUGAUCAUCUAAUGAUUGUUUACGACACAAAAUGGAGUAAAUAUUCGCCAAACGGUGAGAUYGAAGUGGACAACGAGCCGAUACUCGAUGAGAUCAUUUGUGCGCCGACGGCUGUCCUGUUGCCCGGCAGUAGGGUUGCUGUCGUUGAUAAAGAUAAUGUUUGGUUUUAUCGUAAAAAAGGCGACAAAAUUAUCAAAGAUGGCAAAGAUAACGGACCGAUGAAAACAAAGUUUUCGACAGAAAAUUUUCCCGAAGGUCUGUGCGCUGCGAUGUCGACAAACAAUAUUGUCUAUUAUUUCUUUAAAAGCAACAAAUAUUGCAAACGUCCGCUAAAAAUAGCAUUACAAGUAAUGAUGAUGUCAUCUAUGUUUGCCGUGGGACCGACCAUUGAAAAUGAUGUCUAUGAAAGUGAUUGGUUUGGUGAGUAUCCCGGAGCCAAAUCUAAGAAAUUAUCGGAAUCUGAGGCAGCAAAAUAUUUUAGCCCUAGUGUUGACAGUUAUUGCAUUUGGAGAGAUAUAUCUGAAUUGUUGGACUGUAAGACUAAGAAUAAUAUGACCAAAGAUUGGACCGAUUUGUGUGCAAACCCGCAAACCACUGGAUCGCUAACUCCCAACCAAAAUACAAUUUACUAUAUUUCGGCCAAUAAGAAAACAGUCGACUUUGGUAUAAAACCUCAGACCGAAGCGCCUGAUCGGGACAAACGAUUUGAUAAUCUUAAGCCGGAACCGAUAGAUUUGGAGAAAAUUUAUCCCGAAUUUAAGCCGAGUGAGGGUCGGUUUGUUUUCAUUAAGGGUCAACUGUGUGUUAUAUAUGAGAAGACCUAUAAAUGUUGGAAUAAAGACUCAAACGGUCUGUAUUUUGCCAUUAAUAAGAAGAUUGGCGAACACGAAGAAGAAUCGCCAGACGAACCGGAAGGCGAUCCGAAAGAUGCCGGCGCUCUCAUUAACAUUGAUCCUAGAAAUGCCAAAUAUGUCAAUAUAAAGGGUAAAAACAUAUGUUAUUAUGUUAUCGAAGAAAAUAAGAUGUAUUUCGAUGGUAAGUGUUUGGCCGUUAAAGAAGACAAGACUAACUAUCCGACAGACAUUAUUGCCGCCAUUAARAGUAAAACAAACGAAUGGUAUUUCAUUAGAAUUGAUGGUAAGUAUUGUAGUCGACAUCAUAUGAGUAUCAAAGAGUGUACCGAAUGGAGAGAUAAUAAAGAGUUGUUUAUAUGCGACGAUACAAACAAAUCUCCAGAACACGAGUCGCUCUGUAAUAAUCUUAAUAUCACGAGUGGCGGCAACUUUCCGCCCGAUAUCUAUGUCUUCAGAAACGGAAAAUACUGGCAGUUUGACAAUAGACCUCAAAAAGGUAAACCGUUAGGAGAUCUGGUGGACGGCGCCGCACCUGCAAAACAAAAGUGGCCAGGAAUGCAUUUACCCGGCGGUUUUGCACACAAUAUGGAAAAUCCGAUUAUCGUUUACGACAAAAAAUGGUCGCAAUGGAAACCAAAUGGUGACAAAGAUGUUGAGGACGAACCCAUCGAACACAAAAUAAUUGAAAUUCCAGACGAUCCAGAAGAUGAUCCCAAUGACUCCGGAGCAUUGAUUCCAACUGAUCCCACAAAAGAGAUAUUUGCCAAAAUUGUUGCCACAGAUGUGUGUUAUAUCAAGUUUAAGGGAAAGCGAGUGUUUUGGAUGGGAAAGUGUAAAUCGGUUAAAAAAGAUGAAAAUAAUUUUCCUCCAAAUAUUAUUGCAGCCAUUAAAGCAAAAGACAACAAUUGGUAUUACUUUGACUCUAACGGCAAGUUCUGUAAGAGACCGGACAAGAAUUAUCAAGACUGUACUAAAUGGGAGAGCAAUAACUUAGCAUUUGGUUGUAUAGAUAAGUCAGAGAAGAAGAAAAUAAAAAAUGGUGACAAUACUCAACAACAAGAGCUGGAACUGCUUUGUAAGAACCUAAUGAUUAAUGCCGGCGGAAAUUAUCCGCCGCACAUAUUUGUAUUUAGAGGCGGAAAAUACUGGCAAUUUGAUAAUAAACCGAAACCCGACAAACCGUUUGGUGAAUUAGUCGCUGGUCAGGUGCCCGCUAAAAAUAAAUGGCCGGGCAUUAGAUUUCCCAAUGGAUUCAGUCAUAUAGUUAAGGAUGCUAUAGCCGUAUAUCGUAAAAAGUAUUCCCGUUGGACACCUAAAGGUAAGAGAAUUGAUGGUAAUAUUAAAAAACCGGGUGAUAAGGAUCUGCCCGAUGAGGAGGAAACUGGUGACCCUAAUGAAAGGGAUAAGAAAAAGAAUAAUAAAGCCCCGAACAAAAAGGGGAACAAAAAGGGGGAUAAAAAGGAUAAAGACGAUCCGGACGAAGAGGAAACUGAUGACCCUAAUGAAAGAGAUCGUAAGAAGAAUAACGAAACAGAUGAACCCGACGAGGAAGAAGCUGCUGCUCUGGAAAGGGAUCCUAAAAAGGCAUCCCAAUCACCAAAAGCUGUGGAUCAGCCCAUCGAAGACGAAGAGAUGCCCGAUGAGCCCGAUGGUGAUCCAUCAGAUACCGGUGCCAUUUUUAACGAUGAUCCUAAUCCUGAUGUCCGCGCAAAUAUAAAGGGCGAUCAAGUUUGUCAACUAUUGUUCCGCGAAAAUAAAUUGUAUCGAAUCGGGAAAUGUGUUUCUGUUGAUGAGGACAARCACUCAUAUCCACCAGAUUUGGUGGCAGUCAUCCAAAACAAGGAUAAGGACUGGUUUUUCGUUAAUACCGAAGGAAAAUAUUGCAAACGAAAAGAUAAAAAUUAUGAAAAAUGUACCGAUUGGAAAGAUAAUCCCGAUUUAUUUGGUUGUGAGGCCAACAAAAGGCACCCAACUGUUGACAAUUUAUGUCGUAAACCGAAGAUCAGCGCUGGCGGUAAUCAUCCGCCAAAUAUUUUAGUUUUUAGGGGCGGUAAGCGGUGGACGUUUGACAAUCAGCCCGAACAGUUUAAACCGUUCGGUAAUAUUGUUGAGGGCGAGGGUGAAGUGCCGGCCAAAAACAAGUUGCCUGGCAUUCACUUUCCCGGCGGCUUUGGACACAAUCGUGAAAAACCAGUUAUGGUGUACAAUAAAAAAUGGAGUCAAUGGCUGCCCAAUGGAGACGCCGAUGUUGUUAACGAACCAAUACUUGAUCUGAAUAAUAGUCCCGGUGUGUCCAUCCCGUUGCCAAACGAUAGAAUCGCUGUUGUGGUCAACGAAUCGGUCUGGUAUUACCGCAAAAAGGGACCAAAACUCAUGAGAGACAGUCAUAAUAACGGUCCGCAUCCGGUCAAGGAUUCAGUUGAGAGCUUUCCUCCCUAUAUCAGCGCUGCUCUGACUCUCAAUCAUAACAUAUACUACUUUUUCAAAGAUGACAAAUACUGUAAACGGCCGCUCAUUGUUGACGACAACUCUUACAAUAAUAUACCUCAACUCGAUUGGGAUAAUAUGGCGGCAAAAAGCGAUGAAACUAAUACUGAUAUGUUAAACGAAGAAGAGGCACAAAAAUAUUUUAAACUUUCACCGAAAGAUUCAUAUUGUAUUUGGAAAGACAAUCGGGAACUGUUAGGUUGUAAACUGUCAAAAGUGAAUAAUAAGAUUCGCAAACUCUGCUCCAAUCCUAUUACUAUAGGAACUGUUAUAUUGGAUCACAAACUAAUCAAUGUAUUCACACAUUUGAAUCUUUAUGUUUUUGAUCCAACCGGCAAACCUAACAAACAAAUGGAACCGACAUUUACUAAAUUAAUUAGCGAUGAAACACAACCGGCCAAGAAGUGGCCCGGAUUUGAUCCGACGUACGGCCGAUUCUUCACCAAUAAUAUCAAUCAUUUGUGUGUUAUUAUUGAGAACAAGAGGUGGACGUGUUGGACACCCGAUGGCAAAAAAGUUGUGGACAACAAACCUAUAUUACCACCGGAAGAUGACCCACAGGACGAGGAGGAACCGGACGACGGAAAUGCCGGUGCGCUCAUCAAUCCAGAAGACAACAAAGGAAAGUUUGCCAGAAUUAGAGCCAAUAAAGUUUGUGAACUCAGUAUUGAAGACGAAGAGAUGUUCCUAUUAAGCGAGUGUCUUGACGUCAGUUCCGAUCCGCGAAACUUUCCGCCACAUAUUGUGGCCGCCAUUAAACCGAAAGAUAAUAAUUGGUAUUUCUUUAACAAAGAAGGAAAAUAUUGUAAACGCGCCGAAAAAGAUUAUAAUAAGUGUAAGAAAUGGAGUGAUAAUAAGGAACCGUUUGGYUGUCUGGCCAAACAUCUGAGCCCUGAUCUGCAGGUUCUUUGCAAAAAUGUGACAAUUAAUGGUGGCGGCAAUUAUCCGCCUCACAUACUAGUGACCAAAGGCGGCAAAUAUUGGAAGUUUGACAAUCGACCGAAACCAAAGAAACCUUUUGGUGAUUUAGUCGAAAUGCGAGUACCGGCGCGCGACAAAUACCCGGGUCUACAUAUGCCCGGUGCCAUCGGUCACAAUGGUCCCAACUUUUUAGUAGUYCAUGCAAAAACCUGGUCUCAAUGGUUGCCUAACGGAUUCAACGAUGUUUUAGACGAACCUAUAUUGCAUAAAGAUGAAGARAUUCCCGAUCAGCCAGAAUUAAAUCCCAAAGACAAGGGUGCGCUCAUACCUAUUAAUGACACGAUCCCAGCGCCACUAUAUGCCAAAAUCAAGGGCAACAAAGUAUGCUAUUGUGUCAUCAGAGGUAAUAAACUUUUUUGGCGAGGAAAGUGUGUGUUUGUCGGCAAAGAUAAACAUAACUUUCCUCCUUAUAUUGUGGCCGCUAUUAAACCGAAACCGGACGAUACCUGGUAUUUCUUUGAUGAUAAUGGAAAGUACUGUAAGAGACCCGACAAUAACUAUCAAGAGUGUAAUAAAUGGUCAGACAAUCGGGAAGUUUUUGGUUGUAGUGCCGAUAAAAAACAAAAACAAGAGCUCAAGUUUUUGUGUGACAAUCCGAGAAUCAAUGCGGGAACUAAUUUACCGCCAAAUAUAUUGGUGUUUAGAGGCGGCAAAUACUGGAAGUUUGACAAUAAACCAAAACCAAAAAAACCUUUCGGCGAACUGGUUGAGGGACAGGUGCCCGCAAAGAUUGACUACCCGGGCAUACAUUUUCCAGGCGGUUCUGGUCAUCAACGACCGGAUAAAUUCAUAAUGGUAUAUGAUAUUAAAUGGUCAAGGUGGAAACCAGAUGAUACUGGAGGAAGACCAGCUAUUGGUACGGAUAAAAAACCAUCCAAUGGACCGACUGAUAGCGGAAAACAAAAUUCUAAGCCGAAAAACGAUGAAGAAUUGCCAGAUAAUGAAGAAAGUGCUGCCAUUGAAAGAGACAAAACAAUUACUACUAAAAAACCAAAGACUGACGAAGAUUUGCCGGACAAUGAAGAAAGUGCUGCCAUUGAAAGAGACAAAACAAUUACUACUAAAAAGCCAAAGACUGACAAAGAUUUACCUGACAAUCAAGAAAGUGCUGCCAUUGAACGCGACAAACAACCAAAGGGUGGCAAUAAAGACAACGAUGUCAACGAAGAUAUGAUACGCGAUGAAGACGACACUAAAGGUGAAGUUAAUGGCAAAGAUGACGACGCAGGAGCUCUCAUACCUAUUGAUGAGAUGAACGGCCGGUUCGCUAAAAUUGUUGACGACAAGACCUGUUAUAUUACAAUUAAGACAUAUAAAGCUGUUUGGAGUGGCGAUUGUAUUCCUGUAACCGAAGACCAGAACAACUUUCCUCCGUAUAUUAUCGCCGCCAUCUUGAAUGACGACAACGAUUGGUUUUUCUUUGAUCGCAACGGAAAAUACUGCAAACGAAAGAAAAACAAUUUUGAAACGUGUACAGAAUGGCGACCAAACGCUGAAGUGUUUGGUUGUGAACAGCCGGGUGUUACUCACGAAUUGGAAAUUUUGUGCAAAAAUGUUCAGAUAAAGGCCGGCACUCAGGAGUCACCGCUGGCCACCAAAAGUCAUACACCGCACAUAUGGCUGUUCAGAGGCGGAAAGUUUUGGGUUUUUGACAACAAACCGGUCAACGAUAAGCCAUUUGGAGUACUGGUUGGUGGACCUAAACGGGCCAAUGAUUUGUUCCCAGGUUUACAUAUGCCCGGCGGUGCGGGUUUUGACGGACCAAACCUUAUUAUGGUUUACAAAACAAAAUGGUCGCGUUGGACACCCGAAGAAGCCCAACACGCGUUGCCCGACAAGAGUGACAAAGAUUGGCUCAAUAUUGACAACAAAAAAAACCCAAAAGAAGAUGAAAACAAUUCGGGUCAUAAAAAACAACCAAAAGAUAUUGACGAUCAGUCAGAUCCUAAUAAAGGAGUUACAACAGAAUCUAAUGAUGGUGAUGAUGAUAAAAAYAAACCUGAUGGUGAUGGUGGUAAAAAUAAACCAGGUGAUGAUGAUGAUAAAAACAAACCUGAUGGUGAUGGUGGUAAAAAUAAACCCGGUGAUGAUGAUGAUAAAAACAAACCUGAUGGUGAUGGUGGUAAAAAUAAACCCGGUGAUGAUGAUGAUAAAAAUAAACCUGAUGGUGAUGGUGGUAAAAAUAAACCCGGUGAUGAUGAUGAUAAAAAUAAACCUGAUGGUGAUGGUGGUAAAAAUAAACCUGAUGGUGGUAAAAAUAAACCAGGUGAUGAUGAUAAAAACAAACCUGAUGGUGAUGGUGGUAAAAAUAAACCUGAUGGUGGUAAAAAUAAACCCGGUGAUGAUGAUGAUAAAAAUAAACCUGAUGGUGAUGAUGAUAAAAAUAAACCUGAUGGUGGUAAAAAUAAACCCGGUGAUGAUGAUGAUAAAAAUAAACCUGAUGGUGAUGGUGGUAAAAAUAAACCCGGUGAUGAUGAUGAUAAAAACAAACCUGAUGGUGAUGGUGGUAAAAAUAAACCAGGUGAUGAUGAUGAUAAAAACAAACCUGAUGGUGAUGGUGGUAAAAAUAAACCAGGUGAUGAUGAUAAAAAUAAACCUGAUGGUGAUGGUGGUAAAAAUAAACCGGUGAUGAUGAUGAUAAAAAUAAACCUGAUGGUGAUGGUGGUAAAAAUAAACCAGGUGAUGAUGAAGAUAAAAAUAAACCUGAUGGUGAURRUGRUAAAAAUAAACCUGAUGGUGGUAAUAAUAAACCCGGUGAURAUGGAACUGAUAACAAACCGGACAAAGGGGAUCAUCAACCGUCAAGUAAUGGAAACGAUGUGACUCCUUCCGGU